UCGAGGAGCGCCGCGCGUGCCGAUAUGUAAAGAAGUAAAGAUGCAUGAUGUUCGACGUCAAUGAAUACGAUUUAGACGGCUAUGACACGAGCACGGCGUACGCUGAGCUCACCACCAUCACUGCAAAUGACGAGUUUACGAACACAACUGCUCCUACGAACUCAACAUGGCCAGAUUACACCGCUGUCUGCACCACGGAGUCCUCGGACGAUUUCCUAUCAUCGCCCCUAUUCCAGUCGUGUGUUUACUUCAUGUACAGCAUAGUGUUUGUGAUAGCCCUUCUAGGGAACGGGUUGGUGUGUUUCGUAGUGCAAACGUCCCCGCGUAUGAAGACUGUGACGAAUUAUUUUAUAGUGAAUUUAGCUGUGGGUGAUAUUCUGAUGACGUUGUUUUGCGUGCCGUUCUCUUUUGUGUCGAUGUUGGUGCUUCGGUAUUGGCCGUUUGGGGCCGUAAUGUGUAAAGUGGUAAACUUCUCACAAGCUGUGUCUGUGUUGGUGAGUGCGUAUACUUUACUGGCGAUCUCUAUCGACCGGUACAUGGUGAUCAUGCACCCGUUACGGCCGCGGUUGGGCAAGACCGCGGCCAAGCUGGUGGUGGCUGCGGUGUGGGGCGGAGCCCUAGCCACCGCGGCCCCGAUCCCCAUCGUGUCGCAGGUGCAGAGGCCAACGGAAUGGCAUCGGAUAUGCGAAACGGAUAUUUGCCUCGAACAGUGGGAUCGUCCCGAGCAGAGCGAGCAUUACACGUGCGCGCUAUUGGCGCUACAGUUUAUGCUGCCGCUGAGCGCGCUAGUGUGCACGUACGCGCGAAUAGCGCACGUCGUGUGGGGCGGCCGCCCGCCUGGGGAGGCGCAGUCGGCAAGGGACUCGCGUAUGCAGCGGUCUAAAAGAAAAAUGAUCAAGAUGAUGGUGACCGUGGUUGCCGUGUUCACGAUCUGCUGGCUGCCCCUCAACGUGUUUAUUAUCCUAUGGUCGGUGCACAGCGACGAGAUCAGCUGGGCGUCGUGGCCGGGCAUGCCGUACGUGUGGUUUGCGAGCCACUGGUUGGCCAUGUCGCACUCCUGCUACAACCCCAUCAUUUACUGCUACAUGAACACGCGCUACAGAAGAGGUUUUAAACAGGCCAUAGGCUGGGUGUUCCGCGUUCGAGUGGACCCGCCCUCGCAGUCCUGCCACCGUUACAGCAUGUGCGACGGAAUGCCUAUGUCAGAGAUGGUGGGAGUGAACGGUAUCACGCGGCGCGCUACCAGCAGCAGCGGCGUUAGCAGGCUGCAGCGUGCUCCCACGUGCUCAUCGUGCGCGUCGUUCCGGCGCGUGCAAGGCACGACACUCACGCGCACGCCGAACGUGCCCGUGCGCGCGCUGUCUGUGCGCACGCACUUCAACUAAGACUAGACUAUAAGCAGUAUAGACUAACG